AAAAUAAUACUACUCAUUAAGGAACCAAAAUUAUCAUUACUUGAGGACUGUACACGACUCUUUCCUAAACCCUUCAAUGCCCAGCCCUUAACGUUUUGCUCCAUUUUUUCAUCUGACUGUCUCGUCCGUCGCCGCCGACUUAAGUCGUUGAACUCUCUUACUCUCCCGGCGUAAUUUCAUCAGAUCUGGGCGUCUCUUUUAUAGAAACCACUUUUGGCGCUUUGCAGAAAGACAUAAUUGAUAAAUCUGAAAGAGUCAUGGUCCAAGGAGUUGAGAAGGAGGGUAUGCUUCGUAAGCUGGAGAAGAAAUCCAAGAAAAGCAAUAAGAAUGCUGCCUCAAGUGGUCUUGGAGGAGAGAGUGAUGAGUGUGACGUUAAGAGAAAGAAAAAAAGAGAAGGUGGAAAACCCAACAAAGUCAGCGAUGAAUAUGCUGUGAAAUGUGUUGAGAAAAAGAAAAAGAAUAAGCUGAAGAAAAGCUACUUGAAUGAGCCUUUAGACACCAAAACUAGUGCUCCUGCAAGUGCAACUGAAAUGCGGGACAAUGACAAGGUAGUUGAGACCCUUGGUGAGGUCUCUGGUGGAGACGUUGUGGACGUGAUUACAAGGAAGAAGAAGUCCAAGAAAAACAUUAAGACUAUCAAUGGUGUAGAUGUGACAAACACUGAUAUUAAAGUUAAGAGUGAUGACUCUGACAUCAAGAGAAAGAAAGAAAGAAAACAUGGAAAACGUUCUGGGAAGUUUAGUGAAGACAGCAAUGAGGUUACGAGAAUUAUUGAAGGGAAUAAAAGUAGGAAAUUGAAGAAAAGCUGUGGGGAUGAGCUGGAGAAAAUGCAUGAUACUAAGGAUAUACGUGAAGAUUUUGCUGCUGAAGUCAAUGAAGGUGAUAUUUUUUCACCUAUAGAGAUGGAAGAUAAAAUCAAAACAGACAAAGGUAAAAUCAAAAAGAGAAAAAGGGAAAAAGUAGGACACAGCUCUGAAGAUCCUACACAUGAAAAGAGUGAAAAGAGAGUGAGAUUUUCUGGUCAGGUUCAGAUUUUCCCUUCAUUGAAUGAUUCAAGUGAUGAGAAGCAUGAGAUCGAGGAAGAAAAUUUAGUGCAUGGCAAGCGAUUCUCAAAGUUAGAAGAUGAAAUUAUCAAAGAGGCUGUUCAUAAAUACAUAGAGGUACAUAACUUAGGCGAAGAAGGGCUGAAAAAGGUUUUAAAUGCUAGAUCUUAUCCUGAAAUAAAGGGUUGCUGGAAAGAAAUUGGGAGUGCUCUACCAUACAGACCUUCUAAGGCAUUUUAUUGUCGUGCACAGGUCCUGUUUCGAAGGAGUGAAUCACGUAAAUGGACUGAAGAAGAGUAUGAGAUGGUACUGAAGUUCCAGAAAGAGCAUGGGAAUAAUUGGAAGGUCUUAGCUGAUGAACUUGGAAAACAUCGGUGGCAUGUGAAGGAUACAUGGCGAAGGAUAAAACUGCCCAAUCGAAAUAAAGGACAAUGGACUCAAGAGGAGUACCAGAAUUUGUUUGAUUUAGUAAACACCGAUCUGAGACUGAAGCUUUCUGAAGAGAAAAAAUCUAAGCAUGGGAUGCUACGGGAUAAUAUUGCAUGGGGUGCAAUAAGUGAAAACUUGUCCACGAGAACUGAUGCAAAUUGCUGCUUAAAAUGGUAUGAUCAAUUGACAUCACCCAUGGUGGCCAAAGGUGAAUGGGCGGAUACUGAUGACUAUCGCCUAGUUGAUGCACUUUUUGAGCUGGAUGCAAGCUGCAUAGAAGAUGUGGACUGGGACAAUCUUCUUGACCACAGGCCUGGAGAGAUAUGUCGAAAGAGAUGGAACCAAAUGAUUCUUCACAUAGGUCAACUUGGAAACAAGUCAUUUACUGAUCAAGUAGAAGUUCUAGCUAAGAGAUACCGUCCGGAUUUAGUCGAAGUAAGAGAGGCUUGGGACAGUAAACCAAUCGUUCCGUGAUAUGCCCAUCACUCAGCAGUGACGUGUCUGAAGAGAGUUAUUUAACAACACCACAUACUAUUAGCAAACCCCCCCACCCCCCCCCCCACCCCCUCUUCCAUUUUAGUAAUUAUUAAAAGAUUUUGUAGAACAUUUAGUAGACAUAAUUCGGAAGAGGUCUAGUGUUGUGUGGUGGAAGGAAAAUGGGAAGAUUUUCACAGUUUGAUAUUGGAUUGUUGUCUGUAUUCUGUAGGGCAAGAGAUCAAUGUUUUGGCAAUGUGUUGUAGUCAUGGCUUUUGUGUUUCUAUCACAAUUUUAUUAUUUGUAAUGUAUCUUUGUUUUCCCCCGAUUUCAUCACA